GCUUCGCAGUUUCCUCUCCUUGUUUUGCUUUCGAUCUGGACUGUUCUCAGGCAAGCCGGGGAGUAACUUUUAGUUUUGUUCCUGCGAUUAUUCAACUGACGGGCUUUCAUUUCCAUUUCACACAUCCUAGCAACACUUAAGCCUUGCGGAAUUGUAUUGAUAGCGUGAAAAAGCACACUGAGAGACGGAAAAUGCUGAGGUUCAUAAAUAUUAAUACUGAUUUUUGGAGGAACAGUCGGCGCUGUUAUGGAUCAUCUGAUUUUAGGGGAAGCAGGUUCUGCUGCUGUUGCUGCUGCUACUGGGGCUGCUGAGGCUGCGAGGAGGAGGAGGAGGAGAAGGGCACCAUGCCGGUGGAGAGGAUGCGCAUGCGCCCGUGGCUGGAAGAACAGAUCAACUCAAACACGAUACCAGGGCUGAAGUGGCUUAACAAGGAAAAGAAGAUUUUUCAGAUCCCCUGGAUGCAUGCAGCUAGACACGGGUGGGAUGUGGAAAAAGAUGCACCGCUCUUUAGAAACUGGGCCAUCCAUACAGGAAAGCAUCAACCAGGAGUAGAUAAACCCGAUCCAAAAACAUGGAAGGCGAAUUUUCGAUGUGCCAUGAACUCUCUGCCUGACAUUGAAGAAGUCAAAGAUAAAAGCAUAAAGAAAGGAAACAACGCCUUCCGAGUCUACCGAAUGUUGCCUUUAUCUGAACGACCUUCUAAGAAAGGAAAGAAACCAAAGACAGAAAAAGAAGACAGAGUGAAGCACAUCAAGCAAGAACCAGUUGAGUCAUCUUUGGGGCUUAGUAAUGGAGUAAGUGAUCUUUCUCCUGAGUAUGCGGCCCUGACUUCAGCUAUAAAAAAUGAAGUGGAUAGUACGGUGAACAUCAUAGUCGUAGGACAGUCACAUCUGGACAGCAACAUUGAGGAUCAAGAGAUUGUCACUAAUCCACCAGACAUCUGCCAAGUUGUGGAAGUGACCACUGAGAGUGAUGAACAGGCGGUCAGCAUGAGCGAGCUCUACCCCCUGCAGAUCUCCCCCGUGUCUUCCUACGCAGAAAGCGAAACUACGGACAGUGUGCCCAGUGAUGAAGAGAGCUCGGAGGGCCGACCACACUGGCGGAAGAGGAACAUUGAAGGCAAACAGUACCUCAGCAACAUGGGGACACGAAGCACGUACCUGCUACCCAGCAUGGCGACCUUCGUCACUUCCAACAAGCCCGACCUCCAGGUCACCAUCAAAGAGGAGAGCUGUCCCGUGCCUUACAACAGCUCCUGGCCCCCGUUCCCAGACCUCCCCCUCGCCCCCUCCGUGACCCCAGCGCCCAGCAGCAGCCGGCCAGACCGGGAGACCCGGGCCAGCGUCAUCAAGAAGACCUCCGACAUCACCCAGGCCCGCGUCAAGAGCUGUUAAGCCUUCCACUUCCCCUGGUGGUUGUUGGGAUUUCUUGGCUUUGUUUUAUUGUUUGUUUGUAUUAUAUUUUUCUUUCUGACACCUAUUUUAGACGAAUCUUAAGGGAAAAAGCCUUGACAAUAGAACUUUGAUUGCUGUGUCCAACUCCAGUACUGGAGCUUCUUUUUAACUCAGGACUCCAGCCCCUUGGUAGACGCAUAUCUCUAGAGCCUGCUGGAUCUCCCAGGGCUGCUCCCUCAAGUUCAAGGACGUCAUAGGACCAACACCCACACGGGCAGUGAGGUGCUGCAUUGCCUGCGGUCAAGGCCAGCAUGGUGGAACGGAUGCCUCUGAAUGGAGGAGAAAAUGUGAACUAGCUGGAAUUUUUUAUUCUUGUGAAUAUGUACAUAGGGCAGUACUAGCGACGUUGCAGUCUGCUUCUGCACCUUAUCUUAAAGCACUUACAGAUAGACCUUCUCGUGACCCUGCUCUGUUUCAUAGCACAGUCAGCACCCCUCUUCCCUCCUCCCCGCCUCCCCCUUCCCAUCUCCUCCUCUUGCUUUGCAGCCCCUCCCCUCCCAGCCCCUCCCCUCGUUUGCCUCCCCUUCAUCCCACCCCCUCCCCUCCCUCCCCU